AUGGGUCUCUGUUCAAAGACCAAGGUUCGCCUAAAACUCAAGGGUGAACCGAAACCAGUUUACCGGCCCAAGCGUCCGGUGGCCUACAGCGUGCAAGGUGCAGUAGAAGAUGAGCUUCAGCGAAUGCAGAAUUUGGGCAUUCUCGAACCAGUGGACCAUUCAGAUUGGGCAGCACCCAUCGUCGUGGUUCGGAAACCGAACGGGAGAGUCCGCAUUUGCGCUGAUUUUUCGACCGGCCUCAAUGAGGCGUUGGAGUCAAACCAGUGUCCACUUCCCCUACCAGAAGACAUCUUUACAAAGAUGGCAGGAUGUAAGGUCUUCAGUCAUAUUGACCUAUCCGAUGCCUAUCUCCAAGUGGAAGUGGACCCCCGAGAUCAACAUCUUUUGACAGUCAACACCCACAAGGGCUUAUUUCGUUACACUCGUCUCACACCCGGCAUCAAAUCAGCUCCGGGUGCAUUCCAGCAGAUCAUGGAUGCAGUUCUGGUGAGUGGCAUCGGUAAAGCCUGUGGUUAUUUGGAUGACGUGCUAGUGGGUGGUCACACAAAAGAGGAGCAUGACCGCAAUCUGCAUCAAGUGCUUCAGCGUCUGGAGGAGUAUGGCUUUACGAUUCGGAUGGAGAAGUGCAAAUUCCACAUGCAGCAAGUGGAAUACUUGGGCCAGGUUUUAGAUGGUGAUGGAAUCAGACCCGAUCCGGGAAAGACUUCCGCCAUUUCCACCAUGCCACCACCUCGGGACGUCUCAUCAUUACGGUCAUAUUUAGGAGCUGUAAACUACUACGCAAAGUACAUUCCCGAAAUGCGUAAGCUCCGGUACCCGAUGGACCAGCUUUUGAAAACUGGUGCCAAAUGGAACUGGUCAGAAGCGUGUCAGCGAUCGUUCCAUCGGUUCCGUGAAAUCCUGCAGUCACCAUUGGCGCUUACUCACUACAAUCCAAAAAUGGAAAUCAUAGUAUCAGCGGACGCGUCAAACUACGGAAUCGGCGCGCGAAUUGCCCACAAGUUGCCUGAUGGGUCAGUGAAACCGGUAUCCUAUGCGUCACGAAGCUUGACGCCAGCCGAGGCGAACUACAGCCAGAUUGAGAAGGAGGGUCUGGCGCUAAUAUUUGCAGUAACUCGGUUCCAUAGGAUGAUUUUUGGUCGGAAUUUCGUUUUGGAAACGGAUCACAAGCCGUUGCUGGCGAUUUUCGGGUCUAAGACUGGCAUCCCGGUUUAUACAGCAAACAGGCUUCAGCGGUGGGCGUUAACUCUACUACUGUAUGACUUCAGCAUCAAAUAUGUCAACACAAAUAGUUUUGGUUAUGCUGACAUUUUGUCGAGACUGAUUAACACCCACGUCCGCCCCAACGAGGAGUACGUCAUCGCAUCGAUUGAGCUAGAAGACACCAUGCAAGACAUCGUCAAGCAGUCUGUCGUGGGUCUUCCGGUAACUUUCAAGAUGAUCCAAGCCGGAACACAGUCGGAUGCGAUUUUGAAGCAGGUUAAGCAGUUCGUCGAUACAGUUUGGCCAACCGAUCGGUCGAAAUUCAGCGACUCCCAGCUGCAGCAGUUCCAUCAACGCCGGGACAGUCUAUCAAUAGUGUCCGAUUGUCUCGUCUACGGAGAGCGAUUGGUCAUUCCUGCAAAAUUUCGAGAUCGGAUUCUGCGUGUUCUACACAAGGGCCACCCUGGAGUGGAGAGAAUGCGGUCCAUAGCACGUAGCUACGUCUAUUGGCCCGGAAUCGACGAGCAAAUCAGCCAGCGUGUACGAGCGUGUGUGGAAUGUCAGGUCCAAUACAAACGGAACGGAAGCAAUUUUGGAUGCGUAUAA